ACACUCUCUCUUCUUCAUUAUCUCUACCCACCAACAAACAAUCGAGAAAGACGUACUGUAAAAAAACCUCUCUUUCUUUCUUUCUUUCUUUUUGUGAGAGAAGCUUUAGGGGAUCUUCGUAACAAAUGGCGAAUGAGGUGGUUCUUCUUGAUUUCUGGCCGAGUAUGUUCGGGAUGAGGACGAGGAUCGCACUGAGGGAGAAAGGUGUCGAAUUUGAGUACAGAGAAGAAGAUCUGAGGAACAAGAGCCCGCUGUUGAUCCAGAUGAACCCGAUCCACAAGAAGAUUCCGGUUCUCAUCCACAAUGGUAAACCGGUUGUCGAAUCCAGCAUUCAGGUUCAGUACAUUGAUGAGGUCUGGUCUCACAAAAACCCUAUCCUUCCUUCUGAUCCUUACCACAGAGCUCAGGCUAGAUUCUGGGCUGAUUUCAUCGACAAAAAGAUGUACGAGGCUCAGAGGAAGGUGUGGGCGACCAAAGGUGAGGAACAAGAGACAGGCAAGAAGGAUUUCAUUGAGAUACUCAAGACCCUUGAGUCUGAGCUUGGAGACAAGCCUUACUUUGGUGGAGAUGACUUUGGCUUUGUAGACAUUGCAUUGAUUGGUUUCUACACCUGGUUUCCAGCAUACGAGAAGUUUGGUAACUUCAGCAUCGAACAAGAGUGUCCGAAACUGAUUGCUUGGGUCAAGAAGUGUUUGCAGAGGGACAGCGUGGCUAAGUCCUUGCCUGAUCCUGAGAAGGUUACCGAAUUCGUCUCCAUGCUCAGGAGCAAAUUUGUACCAGAGUAGAUCUUAUUUCUCUUUGUCGUUUGGUUCUGAUGCUCUCUGUUUUAUUACUUUCGUGUGUAAUAUCUAUCUUUAAAUAAUGCAGAGCAUCUGUGAGAUGAUUUGGGGUGUAGAGAAUGUUUGUCUCUGCUUGAUUGAGCAGUUUCGUGUGUUUUUAUGGGCCUAAGGGUUUGUCCUUAGUGUGUAUGCAACUUGAUUUAAAAAAGUAAACGGUUUUAUUAAUGAUA